UCAUGUCAACAUCCAACUUAUAGCGCGCUUGAUAUAGACAACUUUCAACGCGAAGGGACUGUUCGUUCAGGCCACGCGCUGUCAGCUUCAGUGACAGGGUUACGUCAUCCGCCCAUUCUUGGCAGCUCGAAGCUCUCAAGCUCAGCCACUCACCAACGAUACACAAUUCAGCGUCGCCCUUUGUUGCACUGUUCAAGGCUUCUUCGUUGAACAUCUGCUGUAUCGCAGUUGUUCCGCUCACAUCCGCGCCGAGCGUAACACCGACGACCGCAUCAGGCUCAUCCAUCCGUGCCUCAGAGGCAGCCUCGCGCAUGCGCACGCCCAAUCUCACCCGCACCCUCACCCUCACCAACCCGGCACAAUGAACGGCGGCUGGGUCUUUCUGAUCAUCCUGCUCCUGCUCGUCUCGGGCGCCUAUUUCGGCUGGUACUUCUACGCCCGCUGGAACGCCAACAAAAAUGGGCUUCCUCCACCAUCCAUGAACCCCAUCGCUGCGUUCAAAGCCUCCCGCGGCAGCGCGUCCAACCACCCUGGCCCCGCACCUGGCGGCAUCAAGGGCUUCAUCGACACCCAAAUCCGCAAGUUCAAGAACAGGAAUAACCGCUCCGCCGCUGGUGCCUACGAGGGCGAUUACACCGCAACAGGCGGCGCGCAACGAGGCCGCGGCGCCGGCAGCCGACUUGAUCCGGAUGAGGCGUGGUCAGCAAGAGUCGGCGAUGAAGCGUACUAUGAGGAGCAAGAGCUCGGCCUUCACGAACCCCCACGCGGCGCAAAUCCCUACGCAUCCACAAACUACGCGCCCCAGCCCCACGAAGAGCGCGGACGCAGCCGCACGCGCGACAGCUACGACGAGCGUCUUGACGGGCGAAGCGCGCGUAACGAUCCAUUUGGGGAUGACCAUGCGGCGAGUCUAAGGGGUGUGAGCCCGAGGCCAAUGAACCAUGGCGAGGAUACGAGUUACCACGGCGGAGCGACGGCGCAGAUGCCCCAGGUACCGCAGAUCAAGACACAUAAGAAGGCGGGGAGUGCCAACAGCGCUGAGAACAGCCCUACAGAGAGCCGGAGGAGCGUGUUCAGGGAGGCGAUAUGAGCCAGCAUGAACAACCACAAGGGCGGCUGUGGUAGUGCAGAACCGUGGUAGUGCAGAACCGUGGUGUUAUGAUACCUUCAUGUAUGACUGGUGUUGUGCGGGGUUUUCGA